CACGACUCUCAUCCCGACCUCUAUCUGACACCAAGUGGUCGUCGUUGAGGUGAGUUAAACUUUAAUAUGCGCCUGUUUAAUAAGCUUGACAUCCUCUUUGUCGCGCUCGAAGAGAUCUGGUCGCAAUAUCAGAAAAGUUGAUCCGAGACUGGCAUUGAAAGAACACCUUGUUUCUUGUCAAGGCAGCCAUAUAUGCCAGCUUGUGCCUUCUCUACGAGCGCGCGCAGGCGAAUAACACAAGAGGUGUUCAUUCCCCUUUCAAACCAACAACCAAAAACAACCCCCGUCCGCCAAAAUGGGUAUCACCUUCUCGAGACUGUUUGACCGCCUCUGGGGCAAGAAAGAGAUGCGCAUUCUGAUGGUCGGAUUGGACGCCGCCGGAAAGACCACCAUCCUGUACAAGCUCAAGCUCGGUGAAAUCGUCACCACCAUUCCAACCAUCGGUUUCAACGUCGAGACUGUUGAGUACAAGAACAUCUCCUUCACCGUGUGGGAUGUCGGUGGACAGGACAAGAUCCGCCCGCUCUGGAGACAUUACUUCCAGAACACCCAGGGUAUCAUCUUCGUCGUUGACAGCAACGAUCGUGAUCGUGUUGUUGAGGCUCGUGAGGAGCUCCAGCGCAUGCUCAACGAGGACGAACUUCGCGAUGCUCUGCUCUUGGUCUUCGCCAACAAGCAGGAUCUGCCAAACGCCAUGAACGCUGCUGAGAUCACCGACAAGCUCGGCCUGCACAGCCUGCGACAGCGCUCUUGGUAUAUCCAAUCCACUUGCGCCACAUCUGGUGACGGUCUCUACGAGGGUCUCGAGUGGCUUAGCAACUCGCUUCGCAAGGCCGGCCACCAGUAAAUGGCUGCUUUGCCGAUGUGAUAAGACAAUCGCGCGUAUCGAUUCCUGGUACAAGGAUUGAUCCUGUGUCGCAACAAACUGUGCUGGAUCACCACGUUACGAAAUUGACAUGAGCUGGGAACAGGCGGACUGCUUGUCGCUGGAGAUAUUUCCUCCGGACAUGUAAUGCGCCGGUAAAAGCAGCGCUUGUCGUGUAUUUUUUAAUGCCACGAAGGAGCGUUGUGUCACCGGCUGAUGCUGCAUCUUUGGCUGGCGGUGCUCUCUGCGCAGCAUGCUCCCCAUAUGGAGUGAUGCUUCAUGUAUAGAGGAUAGCCUCAAGGAAUAUGAACGUGUCUCUUUGAUCUCUCGUUAUCGUCCAUGCUGCGGCAUGAAAGAUAAUCUUGACGUGAUAUAACGUACGUUAUGUGACCGUACAUCAAUCUUUGAUGAUCGAUUAUACGAGGACUUGUAUUACUUAGGUCUGCACAUACAUUGUAUUCACGUCU